AUUCUCCCUCCAAAAUCAACAUAGUGAAAAUAAAAAACAAAAAGAAUCAUAAGAAAGAUCCCCACGCAAAGCACAGCUUCUAAAGCAUAAAUUUCCAUUAAAUUUUCAUUUCCUUUCAGAUUUUCCUCCUAACCAAACAACACCUUUUCAUUGUCACUGAAAUCACUCUGCAAUCCCUAACCCUAACUUUUUCUUCUUCUUUCUCUUCAAUGGCACUCGUUGACCCCCACUCGUUCACCGAUUCAACUCACCCAUUCGCCACCCACAUCUCCCUCACACUCUACUUUGACUUCGCUUCCCUCACCAUCCACGGCUCCGCCGUACUCAACCUCUCGACCCAACACACCGGCUCUCUCCACCUCGACACUCGCUCUCUCACCAUCCACUCCGUUUCCGAUCCCAGCUCCGACGACGCGCCGCUUCCCUUCUCUCUCUCCUCCCCGGACCCAAUCAGAGGGACCCAGCUCACUGUCACCCUCUCCAACCACUCCGCUCUGAGAAUCGUCUACUCCACUUCCCCAUCUUCCUCUGCCCUCCAAUGGCUCUCUCCGCCUCAGACUUUCAACAAGACCUACCCGCUCGUCUACACCCAAUGCCAGGCCAUCCACGCGCGCUCCGUCUUCCCCUGCCAGGAUACUCCUGCGGCGCGUGUAUGUUACAAUGCGCGUCUGAACUUUCCGAGACAGUUGUCGGCGGUAAUGGCGGCUCGCCACGUCGAGCGGCGAGCUCCGAUCGCUGGCGAGGCUGCCGAGCUCGUUUGCGGGGAUUCUAUGUGGUGUGCGGAAGGGAGGGUGGUGGAGGAGUUCACGAUGGAGCAACCGGUUCCGUCGUACCUGUUUGCUUUCGCGGUUGGGGAGAUUGGUUUCAGGGAGGUGGGACCCAGGACGAGGGUCUAUGCCGAGUCGGUGCCGGCGGUGUUGGACUCGGCGGCGAGGGAGUUCGCCAGCACCGAGGACAUGAUAAGGCAAGGGGAGAGGUUGUUUGGACCGUACGAGUGGGAACGGUUCGAUUUGCUGGUUUUGCCUCCGAGCUUUCCGUACGGUGGGAUGGAGAAUCCGAGGAUGGUUUUCUUGACGCCGACGGUGAUCAAAGGCGAUGCUAGCGGUGCUCAGCUGGUGGCGCACGAGCUUGCUCAUAGCUGGACUGGGAAUUUGAUCACAAACAAGACGAAUGAACACUUCUGGUUGAAUGAGGGUUUUACGACAUAUGCGGAGAGGAGAAUUGUCGAGGUUGUACAAGGAGAAGACAGAGCAGUAUUAAAUAUUGGAAUUGGCUGGAGGGGUUUAAAGGAGACAAUGGAGAGAUUCAAGGACAGGCUGGAGUUCACAAAGCUCAAAAACAAUCAGGAAGGAGUGGAUCCAGAUGAUGUAUAUUCUGAGAUUCCAUACGAGAAAGGUUUUCAGUUCCUAUGGCGCAUUGAACGCCAGGUUGGACGGCCUGUAUUUGAUGAAUUCCUUAAGAAAUAUAUUGCCACGUUCAAGUUCAAGUCAAUUGAUACCGACACCUUUCUUGAUUUUCUGAAAACUAACAUCCCUGGAAUAGAGAAAGAUAUUGACUUAACAUUGUGGACUGAGGGUGUUGGUAUCCCCCCAGAUGCCUAUGAACCUGUUUCCAUUCUGUAUACGAAGAUUGUGUCACUGGCAAAUGAAUUUAGCCUUGGUAGGAUGCCAAGGGAGGAUGAAGUUUCUGAUUGGCACGGCCAGGAGUGGGAGCUCUACUUGGAGAACUUGCCCAAAUCUGUUGAAGCUUCACAGCUCUUAGCUCUUGAUGAACGCUACAGACUCUCGGAAUCAAAGGAUUACGAGGUGAAGGUAGGGUUUCUCCAACUGGCAAUUUCUUCCAAGUGCAAAGAUUAUUACGCGGAGGUGGAAAAAACUCUUAAGGAAGUUGGGAGGAUGAAGUACCUUCGCCCACUGUACACUGCACUUGUACAAGGCACUGGAAAGGAGGAAGAGAAGGUUUUUGCCAAAAGGGUAUUUGCAGAGGCUCAUGAAUCUUAUCACCCUAUAGCACAGAAUGUUGUUGAGGCCAUUCUGAGCAAGCAUGUGUAGUAUACUGAUAUGAUGUAAAUAAAAGAUGAACUAAAACUUCUGAAGCUGAUCAUCAGAUGCUUUUUCUGCUCAUGCCAAUCCAAAACUGUUAAGAUGGAUUCCAUGAUUCAUUUCAACAAUUCUUUUUUUGUUGAAAAUAUGUGGAUUCUGGAAGGAUGCUAUACUGAUUUGGCUUUUACAUGAUGUGUAUGAAAAAACGAUAUUAUCGAAGCUAAUACCUCCCUCACAUUUCUCUUUUGGGUCUGAGGCUGGGUAACUGCGUUUACUUUA